AUGAAUAAGAAUGUGAAAAAAGCGAAGCUAGAUGGACCACAAGAGAAAUUUAACACUUAUGUGACACUGAAGGUGCAGAACGUGAAGAGCACCACCAUUGCUGUGCGAGGCAGUCAGCCAUGUUGGGAACAGGACUUCAUGUUUGAGAUUAGCAGGCUGGAUCUGGGCCUGACUGUGGAGGUUUGGAACAAAGGCUUGAUCUGGGACACCAUGGUGGGCACGCUGUGGAUCCCUUUAAGCAGCAUUCGCCAGUCCAAUGAGGAAGGGCCGGGGCAGUGGAUGACUUUAGAUUCCCAGGUCAUCAUGGCAGAAAAUGAGAUCUGUGGCACAAAAGAUCCAACUUUUCACCGUGUGCUUCUGGACACACGCUUUGAGUUGCCUUUAGACAUUCCAGAGGAGGAGGCUCGCUACUGGGCCAAAAAACUAGAGCAGCUUAAUGCCAUGAGGGACCAAGAUUAUUCAUAUCAAGAGGAGCAAGAGAGACCACUUCCAGUGCCAUCAACACAGUGCUGUAAUUGGAGUCUAUGGGGAGACCAGCAAAAUGAUGAUCCAGACAGUGCAGUGGAUGACAGAGACAGCGAUUACCGCAGUGAGACGAGCAACAGCAUUCCUCCUCCCUUUUACACAACAUCUCAGCCUAACGCCUCCAUGCACCAGUACCCCAUUCGCAAUGUGCACCGUGGCUCCCGUUAUGAUGACAUGCAAGACUAUGAAUACGAUAACCAGAGAACUAUGAGACGCUAUGAUAGUUUAGACUCCGCCACCAACGGCCGCAGUGAUCUCGAUUCGGCCUCCGGCUCGAGCAGGCGGACCAGCCGCCAGUACUCCUUAGACAGUAGGCGCUCGCUCUCUGAUAGUCCCACGGGGUCCAGUCGAUACGCUUCAUCAGGUGACCUGAGCCGUGGUAGCUCGCAGCUCAGCGAGGAUGGCGAAUGCUUCCGAGGCUCCGGAGAAUUCUAUGAUGAGAACGAUUCCUACCACUCAUGCCACUCCUCAGUCAGCUAUGGUAAAGAAUCACCUGGCUGGGACCAAGACGAACCUCAAGGAGUUUAUAGUGAUGAAGGUAGUUAUGUCAAAGAUGGAGGGGAGGAAGGUGCACUGUAUGAGGAUGAGGAUGGUGACUUGUACGAGCAGGAGGAGGGAGAUUACCCCUAUGAGGAAGAAGAGGGAAUGGGUUUCGAAGAGGAUGAGGACUUAUAUCCUCUUGAUGGUACACUUAGUGAGGAGCAUGAGCCCCCAUAUACACCCACACCAACCAGUGUGGCUCCCUCGUUAGUUCGAGAGACGUCUGGCUUUAGUCGGCCACCUCUGGAAAAGCAGACAUCGAUGCACCAGCAUCAGCCCCCACAGGCUGAACCUCCAUUCCGGCCCAAAGAUUCUCUCACAGAGGCUGUGGCGAAGCAGCAGAGCUUUGAAGACUUCAGCAAACCUGCCAGCAAAUCAAUCACACCUGCCUCUGAUCUGGAGCCCCUAGGUCCUGCAGCACCAUCAUUCACACCUGCAGCAAAACAUGUUGGAGCCACUGAGGAGUCAAAGCCUACGAUUGCGCCUCCAGUUUCUGAGCACCUGCCUGAAGCCCUGCCCGAAAAAAUGGAAGCACCUCCAGAAAGCGUGGCAAAGCGAGAUGAGGCAGUGGAUCCUGCUGAACGUGCCAAGGCCAAUUGGCUGCGACUCUUCAACAAAGUCCGUAUACAGCUGCAGGAGGCCCGAGGCGAGACUCCUGGACUGGCAUCACUCUUUCUACAAGCAGGUCCUGGAGGAGCUCUGUACACCAUAGACAGCAUGCCAGACCUGCGUAAACGCAAAGCCAUUCCUCUGGUUCGAGAUUUGGCAAUGUCCCUUGUCCAGAACUCUCGCAAGGCUGGAAUCACAUCAGCUAUGGCCUCCAGCACACUUAACAAUGAGGAGCUGAAGAGUCAUGUGUAUAAGAAGACCCUCCAGGCCCUGAUCUAUCCCAUUUCCUGCACUACCCCCCAUAACUUUGAGGUGUGGACAGCCACAACGCCAACCUACUGCUACGAGUGUGAGGGACUGUUGUGGGGUAUUGCCCGACAGGGUAUGCGCUGUACUGAGUGUGGUGUCAAAUGCCAUGAGAAGUGCCAGGACCUGCUCAACGCUGACUGUUUACAGAGAGCAGCAGAGAAGAGCUCUAAGCACGGCGCUGAGGAUCGAACUCAAAACAUAAUCAUGGUCCUGAAGGAUCGCAUGAAAAUCCGUGAGAGAAACAAGCCGGAGAUCUUUGAACUCAUACAGGAUGUGUUUGGAGUCCCCAAAACUACUCAUGUCACCCAGAUGAAGCAGGUCAAGCAAAGCGUUUUGGAUGGAACGUCCAAGUGGUCAGCCAAGAUAAGCAUCACAGUUCUGUGUGCUCAGGGCCUGCAGGCCAAGGAUAAAACUGGCUCCAGUGAUCCUUAUGUAACAGUACAAGUGGGCAAAACUAAGAAGAGGACCAAGACUAUCUAUGGCAACCUCAAUCCUGUCUGGGACGAGUCCUUCAAUUUUGAGUGCCACAACUCUUCAGAUCGGAUAAAGGUGCGCGUGUGGGAUGAGGACGAUGACAUCAAAUCACGUGUUAAGCAAAAGUUCAAGCGAGAGUCAGAUGACUUUCUGGGGCAGACUAUUAUCGAGGUUCGCACUCUGAGCGGAGAAAUGGAUGUAUGGUACAACCUCGACAAGCGUACAGACAAGUCUGCGGUGUCAGGAGCUAUCCGAAUGCAUAUCAGUGUGGAGAUCAAGGGAGAGGAAACAGUGGCCCCUUAUCAUGUUCAGUACACCUGCUUACAUGAGAAUCUCUUCCACUAUGUGACGGAUCUUCAGAACAAUGGUGUGGUAAAGAUCCCUGAUGCCAAAGGUGAUGAUGCCUGGAAGGUCUACUUUGAAGAGACACCACAGGAAAUCGUUGAUGAGUUUGCAAUGCGUUAUGGAGUGGAAUCUAUAUAUCAAGCCAUGACACAUUUUGCCUGUCUAUCAUCCAAGUACAUGUGCCCAGGAGUGCCAGCCGUGAUGAGCACUCUGCUGGCUAACAUCAAUGCAUACUACGCCCACACCACCCAGGCUACCAAUAAUGUCUCUGCUUCUGACCGCUUUGCUGCAUCAAACUUUGGGAAAGAACGCUUUGUAAAACUCCUUGACCAACUACACAACUCUUUGAGGAUUGACCUCUCCAUGUACAGGAAUAAUUUCCCAGCCAGCAGUCCUGAGAGGCUUCAGGAUCUCAAAUCCACUGUGGACCUACUCACCAGUAUCACGUUCUUCAGAAUGAAGGUCCAAGAGCUACAGAGUCCUCCCCGUGCAAGUCAGGUUGUGAAAGACUGUGUUAAGGCCUGCCUGAACUCCACAUAUGAGUACAUCUUCAACAACUGCCACGAGCUGUACAGCCGCGAGUACCAGACUGACCCAUCAAAGAAAGGUGAGGUUCCUCCCGAAGAACAGGGGCCAAGCAUUAAGAACCUUGACUUCUGGUCCAAACUGAUCACCCUAAUCGUGUCGAUCAUUGAGGAAGACAAGAACUCUUAUACUCCUUGCCUUAACCAGUUUCCACAGGAACUGAACGUAGGAAAGAUCAGUGCAGAGGUCAUGUGGAAUCUGUUUGCCCAGGAUAUGAAGUAUGCCAUGGAGGAGCAUGAAAAGAACCGCCUCUGUAAGAGUGCUGAUUACAUGAAUCUGCACUUCAAAGUGAAAUGGCUUUACAAUGAGUACUGCAAAGACCUCCCUUUCUUCAAGAGCAGAGUACCAGAGUAUCCAGCGUGGUUCGAACCUUUUGUAAUCCAGUGGCUGGAUGAGAAUGAGGAGGUUUCUCGAGACUUUCUGCAUGGAGCUCUGGAAAGAGACAAAAAAGAUGGAUACCAGCAAACAUCAGAACAUGCUCUUUUUUCAUGUUCAGUGGUGGAUGUCUUUUCUCAGCUCAACCAAAGCUUUGAAAUCAUUAAAAAGCUGGAGUGCCCCGACCCACAGAUUGUGGGCCACUACAUGAAGCGAUUUGCUAAGACAAUAAGCAACGUUCUGCUCUCCUAUGCCAGCAUAAUAUCCAGAGACUUCCCUAACCACUGCACCAAGGAAAAAGUGAAUGCAAAAGAUGGUGCUAUAAAGCCCUGUAUUUUAAUUAACAACAUUCAGCAACUCCGAGUACAGCUGGAGAAGAUGUUUGAGGCCAUGGGAGGCAAGGAUCUGAAUGUUGAGGCUAGCGACAUCUUAAAGGAGCUGCAGGUAAAACUCAACAAUGUCCUGGAUGACCUGGCCAGGAUUUUUGCCACUAGUUUCCAGCCCAACAUUGAGGAGAAUGUGAAGCAGAUGGGAGACAUUCUGAGCCAAGUGAAAGGCACCGGCAACGUGCCAGCAAGUGCCUGCAGCAGCGUGGCUCAGGAUGCAGACAACGUUCUGCAACCCAUCAUGGACUUCCUGGACAGCAACUUAUCACUGUUUGCAAAGAUAUGUGAGAAGACGGUUUUGAAGCGAGUGCUAAAGGAGCUUUGGAAACUUGUCAUGAACACCAUGGAGAAGACCAUUGUUCUGCCUCCCCUAACUGAUCAAACGGGCAGGGUGAAGCUUGCUUGUCACAGUGAUGGUACACAGCUAAUUUUCAAUGCUGCUAAAGAGCUUGGUCAGCUUUCCAAGCUGAAGGAGCAUAUGGUGCGUGAGGAGGCCAAGGCCUUAUCCCCCAAGCAGUGUGCAGUUAUUGAGUUGGCCUUGGAUACCAUCAAGCAAUAUUUUCAUGCUGGAGGAGUGGGCCUAAAGAAGACCUUUCUGGAGAAGAGUCCUGACCUGCAGUCUCUCCAUUAUGCCUUGUCCCUCUACACACAAGCUACAGACAAACUCAUCAAAACCUUUGUUCAGUCACAGAAUGCUCAGGUUCAUGGAGGGAAGGGGAUAAGGUUCACCCAUAGCGAGGAUGUAUACCCCGAAAAGGUCUCUGGGAUGGAUGAUGCGGUUGGAGAGGUGUCCAUCCACGUUGAGAUCUUCACUCAUCCCAACACCGGCGAACACAAGGUUACAGUAAAAGUGGUUGCAGCAAACGACCUGAGGUGGCAGACGUCUGGAAUAUUCCGACCCUUUGUGGAGGUCUACAUCAUCGGGCCUCAUCUGAGUGACAAGAAGAGGAAGUACGCCACUAAAUCAAAGAACAACAGCUGGGCUCCCAAAUACAAUGAAACAUUUACAUUCACGCUGAGUAACGAGGUGGGGCCAGAGUGUUAUGAGCUGCAGGUGUGUGUGAAGGACUACUGCUUUGCACGGGAGGACCGCACCGUGGGCAUGGCUGUGCUGCAGCUAAAGGAUGUGGCACCACGUGGUAGCGUGGCCUGCUGGCUCCCACUCGCUAAACGCAUCCACAUGGACGAGACAGGCCUGACCGUGUUGCGCAUUCUCUCACAGCGCAACAAUGAUGAUGUGGCUAAAGAGUUUGUCAAACUCAAGUCUGACCAACGCUCUGCCGAGGAGGGCCGAGGAAGCUAAAGGUAUUGAUGAGGGAAUUGCAGAUUUGAAGAAUCACUGCCCACCUGCUUUCUCUGUUGAGUGUUGCACUAAAACAGGCUGAUAACACACACACACACACACACACACACACACUGCAGAUCAGAAUAUACUGGACCAAUUUCACAAGAUAGUGAUACCUAAGCCACUGCCAUAACCUGCUAUGAGGCUUGUAUGACAAGCACAGUGCAGCACAUAAACAUAUACAGGCACAAAUCCUUCUAUCUCUAUAAUACUUGAUGUUUGUGUUGUCCUUGAUUUUUUAAAAGUACAUAUUAUAUGACACAACCUCAUGGCUGAAAGAUAUUUAAAGAACAACACGUUAUGUAUAGUUAUUCAUACAUAAAUAUAUAAAAAUUGCAAAUAUUCUUUCAAUGAUAUAUAAGAGAGAUAAUAUUGUCUGCCGUCAUAUCAAAAGAUGUCUAAAAGGAUCCUUUUUUUUUGGUAACUGUAGAGCAGAGAUAUGCCUGAGUGAAAGCAGGGUCGCUAUAUAUGUAGUGCCAUCGAUGCCUCCUAGAGCCCUAAUACCCCAGAGUCCUUGUUUAAUAUAAGAUAAUAAUGUCUGAGAUUGUGGAAAUAUCUUCUGUAACUGCCUUGUUAUUUCUUUCAAUCAUUCCUGCACCUUUACAUGGGUGUCUCAGUGUCAGGGUAUAACUCUUUUGUUCUCAGUGAGAUGCUCUUCUCCACUACAUCUAAAAGGCACACUGUUUAAUGUGGCCAACAUUUUUGAAAAUUAUGCAAUCUUUUGAAUCAAGCACAAGAACAUUAUUAUUAUAAAGCAAAAACAUAAACAUGGACAUACAAAGUGGACCAAAUACAUCUUACAAAGCAAAGGAUCAGCGUUUAUUCGAAAAUUCUUAACAUCUCACUGGGAAUGAUAUGAAUUUAGAGAAACAAUGACUCGUUAUCUCACCUCUGUUUAGUUGUUUUUACACAUUGAAGUUUAACUCUGUAGUAUAUUUUCUCUACAAUGCGUAUGAGGGCAAACAGUAGAUAAGGGCUAUGGGAGCUAACAUGAUCACGGUUUUGCAUAAUACCAUUACUCCUGCUACUAUUAGCCCCUCUUGGUUUACUGUUAGCAGUGUUGGCAUGUUUGAGUGAUGUAUGUUUUAAACACCCUGCCAAUCCUCCAUUAUGUCUAAGUUUUAUAUCAUUUGUGUGUUUGUUUGUGUGUGUGUGUGUGUGUGUGAGCAUGUGUGCCUUGCAUGUGUGAUUUAUAAGGUGAGUGCAUGAUUGAGACAUUGUGAAGUGUGUGUCAGGUGCAAAUGUAGUAAACAAUAGAUUUCAAAGGAACUUAUUGACUUGUUUGCAUUGAUUACCUUUAUAAAGUAGCAUCUGUUUUACAUAAUUUCCCCAGAGGGAGCAAAAGAAAGUCAGUUCAGAAUAAUCCCAGUGCUGUUCCCAUAGCAACCUCGAACUGUCUUGCCUCCCUUCUAAGUGUUAGGACAGCACCAAGUGUGCAACCACUCUGUGCUUGUUUAACCUGGUAAAUAUAUCCCUGCAUUGAUCGUACCCCUUCAUUUCCAGUCAUUGCGCUCUCAGGGCUGGAAACGUAGCUGUUCCACCCUCAAGUCUUCUGCGGUCUUACACAGCACAAUGAAGGUCAGAGAUAAUGACUGGUUAAAGCUUUAGGGAAAUGGUUUAUCGUCAGGAGGGGCAAGAUUUGGUCAGUGGUGCUAGAGCUUCAUUUUUUCGCCAGUGGAUAUGAAAUAUCUCAUUUAUCUGUGUUCACUAGAACCUGUAACUAUGUCUAAAAUGGUGUAGUUUUAGUUCUGUUUAAAGUGGUAUUGAUAAAGAGAUAUACUGUUAGUCCGCGGAUGAUUAACUGAAAUUAAAUACAAGCAAAUUUUGGGAUUUUAGAUUUUUAGAUUACAUACCAGAAUGUGCUUUGCUCGCUGAAAGAGUUAGAACACUUCUUUAAAACAAACAUUUUGUGUUUUUUGCUCUUCUGGCGCAGUUCAGUGAAUUAGAUAACUGCACAGUAAUUUGCAAUAUCUGCUACCCUACAAAAUUUGUUACUACAUACAGUAGUAGGGAUGGGAAUCACCAGUACACUAUUAUCACGAUACCUGGGUGCCGAUUAAUUUUCAAUUAAAAUUGUGAUUCUAUAUGUAUCAUGAUUUCAUAAAUAACCAGAUUAAAUAUUACAUUUUCCCCAAUUUUGUUACAAUUUGAAACUGUUGCAUCAUUCUAAAUGUAUGACUGAGGCGGCACAAUGGUGUAGUGGUUAGCACUGUCGCCUUGCACCUCCAGGGUCCGGGUUCGAAUCCUGGCCAGGCUAGAUUACCGUCUCUGUGUGCAUGAAGUUUGCAUGCUCUCCCCUGUGCUUGGUGGGUUUCCUCCCACAGUCCAAAGACAUGUCAGGUUAGGUUAAUUGGCAUUCCCAAAUUGCCUGUAGUGUGUGUAUGUGUGUGUGCCCUGCGAUAGAUUGGCACCCUGUCCAGGGUGUACCCUGCCUUGUGCCCUAAGUCUCCGGGGAUAGGCUCCUGGUCCGCGCGACCCUGAAUACAGGAUAAAGCGGUAUAGAUGAUGAGUGAGUGAGUGAGCAAAAAAGAAUCGCGAUUUAUAAUUGAAUAACUGAUUUUCUUUUUUCCCCAUCUCUACGUGAGUGCAUUUUAAGACACAGCUGUUAUCAGGAAAGUAAACAGUUCAUUCAUUAGCCAUCUUGGCAAUCCUCCAGGUAUUGAUAAUUUCUUGAGUGCUGAGAGACGUAUAAUAAGCAGAUACAUAGCCAUAUUAGAACUCUAAAAAAGUUAUUUUAAACAAGUUCCCCAUAACUACCUUUACAACUCCUGUUUUCAAGUGUCAAAUAAUGUCUAAUCACUAAACUUAGCCUGUGUAUCAGAGUUUUAGUUAACAGGUUUUUAUUCUUUUCGUUGUGGUUUCUCCACACAAAAGGCCAUAAUGAUGUCACUGCUCUUUUAUCAUAAUUUAGUGUCAGUAAGUGUAAAAUAAGUUACAGAUAGAAUUUAUAUUAAAUUUCCUAAUUUCUUUGUAAUGACGAAUGUUUUAAGUCUGAAAAUUUUGCAGACUGCAGAACCCAUGAAUGUUGCACAGAUGUUGUGAGAGGAUCUAAAGUUUUAUGUGUGACUGUCAGUAAAAACCUAGUAAAGUUUAGAUAAGUGAGAGCAUGUAAACACAAAACUUUAUUUCAUGUUUACUCGCACACACACAGGCAUGUGCACACGCACACAGUGCACUGAUGUCUGACCUCACCCAAACCAUUACUCCAGAUAUUGUAGAUAGGAAGCAGUGCAUGUUGGAAAAGAUCUCUCUUGUGCCAGCAUGUGUCUUUGAUGUGAUUUUCACAGCAUUGUCUUUUUGUUAUUUAUUUUGAUAUUUGGUAUUAUUUUCUAUUUUUGGAAGGCUUGUGAAUAUAUAAAUAUGUAUUACUGAUGUGUAGUGAUACAGAGUACUAGCAUGAGAGACUUUUUUUAUACACAGAUGUUUAUAAUUUCUGUUUUUCUAACUAUUAUUGUUCUUAUUGGGGAUGAAAGUGAAACUAAUAGCAUUUUUGCUGUGUUUCUACUUAAUAAAUGGUUAUAAAUAUCCAAAAUA